ACUUCAGCAUCGCAAUCUUGUGAAGCUUCUUGGAUACUGCAAUCACAGAAAUGAACUGAUUUUAGUUUAUGAAUACAUGACAAACAAAAGCUUAGACAAAUAUCUAUUUGAUGAAACAAGGAACUCGAUGCUUGACUGGCCAAAACGAUUUAAUAUUAUACAAGGGAUGGCUCGAGGUAUUCUUUAUCUACAUCAAGAUUCCCGUCUUCAAAUCAUACACAGAGAUCUUAAGGCAGGUAAUAUUCUUUUGGAUGGUGACAUGAACCCCAAAAUCUCCGACUUUGGCCUUGCUAGAAAGUUUGUAGGAUCCGAUACUGCCACUAAGACAAAGAAAGUAGUGGGGACACAUGGUUAUAUUUCUCCAGAGUAUGCUAUACAUGGACAGUUUUCUAUAAAGUCUGAUGUAUAUAGUUUUGGAGUUUUGGUGUUGGAGAUCGUGAGUGGUAGGAAAAACAGAGAAUUCUGUCAUGAUGAUCGCAAUGACAACCUUCUUGGACAUGUAUGUUACACACUCAAUAAUGUUUUUCAUCUAACAAUGUCAUCUUGUACUUAUAUGUUUGAUCUGAUUCAGGCAUGGAAACUUUAUAAACAAGGCAGAUCCAUUGAACUUAUGAGUGCAUCUUUACAGGCCUCUUGCGUCAUCCCUGAAGUACUAAGAUCAAUACAUGUUGCAUUAUUAUGUGUUCAAAAUCAUGCAAAGGAUAGGCCAACGAUGUUAUCAGUGGUUUUAAUGCUGAUCAGUGAGAGUGUGCUGCCUCAACCUAAACAUCCAGCUUUUUACUCCGAGGAGAGCAGUAGUGAACCUGAGUCUGUUUCAUCCGUUGAUGAUUCCAUGAUAACACAUGUAUACCCUCGAUAGCAAGCAAAUGAUGCUUUCAG